AUGGGGUUGUCUUCUAGAGUUGUGUUCUUGUUUGUUUUGGUUUUCCUGAUGUGGGUUCAGGUGGAUUUAGCAGAAGGUAGCAAUGGCCAUGGUGUUGUCAGGGAUUACAUUAGUUGGGAAGAUCUGCAGGUGGAUGAACAAAGGUUGACCUUGAAGUCAAAUAACGAGGUUCGAGUUAUCAUUGUUGACCAGAAUGGCAAGGGGCAUUCGAAAACUGUUCAAGGAGCAGUGGAUUUGGUUCCAGAUAAUAACAGAAAAAGGGUGAAAAUUUACAUCUAUCCAGGAAUUUACAGAGAAAAAGUGUUUGUGCCUGUCACCAAGCCUUAUGUAUCAUUUAUAGGUAAAAGAAAUCGAACAGAAAGUGCUGUUAUUACUUGGAACAGUAAGUCAUCUGAUAAAGGUCCAAAUGGUCAAGCAUUGGGCACCUAUGAUUCAGCAACUGUGGCAGUGGACUCAAAUUAUUUCUGUGCAACUGAGGUCACUUUUGAGAACACGGUGGUCGCAGCUCCUGGUGGGAAAGGGAUGCAAGCAGUGGCAUUGAGGGUAAACAGUGAAAGAGCCGUGUUCUACCGAGUGAGGAUUAAGGGAACACAGGACACUCUUUUGGACAACGAAGGAAAACAUUACUUCUUGAAGUGUCGCAUACAAGGAAAAGUUGACUUUAUCUGUGGCAAUGCAAAAUCACUUUUUGAGAAGUGUCGUCUUCAAUCAAUAGCUGAGAACUAUGGAGCAAUAGCAGCACAUCACAGAGAUAAACCAGAUGAUUCAGGUUUUUCUUUUGUGGGGUGCAGCAUUAGAGGAACCGGCAGUGUGUACCUUGGCAGAGCAUGGGGGAAGUACUCAAGAAUUAUAUACUCCAAUUGUAAUAUGGAUGGUAUUAUUAAUCCUGAAGGAUGGUCAGAAUUUAAUCAUCCAGAAAGAAGGAAGACUGCAGUGUUUGGUGAGUAUCAAUGCAAGGGAAGAGGAGCAGAUAGAAGACACCGGGUGCCUUGGUCAAAAUCAUUCAGUUAUCAAGAAGCAAGGCCUUUCCUGGACAAGAGCUUCAUAGAUGGAGACCAGUGGCUUAGACUGUAG